UGUAAACGUCUUGGAUAUGUGUUGCUCAUUAAUAAAAAGACUGUAAAGAACAAUUAAGAACGGUAAGUGUCGAGAAAAUUAAUUGUAACGAGCAGACAAUGAGAUUAUUUUGGCGUUUGUUUGCAACGUAACAGCCUCUAAGAGAAGUGAAUGUCGUAAUUUAUUCCACUAGGUUAACAAGAUCAGGAAAUGUUGCCAAAGAUUCUCAUAUGAUAAGUACCAUGUCAAAUGGCACAACCUAUUCAGAAAUCCGUCUCGUGGAUAACUUCACCAGUACUAAGUUUGACUUCACGUCUCCUCUGACGAACGCGACAAGCAGUGAGUGGCAAGAAUUUGAUUUGCAAAAAUUUAUCAUUUCAAAUCUUGGCAAUAGGACGAAGGAUUUGACCACUGGGGGGUUGUUGACUGCUGUCUACAUCACCAUAUUUCUCACAGGAAUAGCUGGUAACUUGUGCACAUUUAUUGUGAUCUUUAAAAACAUCUACAUGCACACCGUGACGAACUACUAUCUGGCGAGUCUAGCCCUCAGCGACGUAUUAGCUCUGCUGUUUGCCCUGCCACCUGAAGUCUACGCCAUCUGGGAGGCCUAUCCUUGGCGGUUUGGGGAGCCCUUUUGUAUUUUCAAAUCCUUUCUUCUGGAAUCUACGUCAUACGCGUCUGUGUUGACAAUAACUGGGUUUACGAUAGAAAGAUACAUCGCUAUCUGCCAUCCAAUCACGGGACAGAAAGUGUCUCGACAAUCACGUGCUAUGAAAUGCAUACUUUGCAUUUGGAUAGUCUCGGCAUUAUCCGCCCUACCAUACCCCAUCCACACUCGAACGUUUUAUUACAUGCAGGAUCCUCGGACUUCAUCCCCGAUACAAGACUCCCUUCUCUGUAACAUCCCGAUACAGUGGCAUCCUAGAAUGAAAAUAAUGUUUCAGGUGUCAACUUUCGCCUUUUUCUUCCUGCCAAUGACUGUUAUAACCGUUAUGUAUAUAUUGAUAGGGAUUCGGUUACGAAAAACAGAAAUAGGUUCGUCCAUCAGAUAUUUUUCAAAAGGUGCAAAGUCCACAGCAACCCGUGCAAGAAAGGCUGUUCUCCGUAUGCUAGUUGCAGUAGUGGUGGCGUUUUUUGUGUGUUGGGCGCCGUUCCACGCUCAGAGACUGACUUCACUGUACAUUAAGACUUGGACUCCAGAGGACAUCGAGAUACACAGCAAACUCUUCUAUGUGUCAGGUGUUCUCUAUUUUCUGAGCUCAACCGUCAAUCCCAUACUCUACAACGUCCUAUCGAGGAAAUUUAGGUAUGCUUUCAAACGCACUUUUUGCCGGUGCUGCCUUAAUCUGGAGGCGUUUCCAACGUUUUAUAAAUUAAAAGCAAUUUUCAUUAACAAAAACGAGCAACAAUCAACAACGCCUAGCGGAAUGCGUUACUUAUUUCCCCAAAAACCAAUAGUGUUGGAUACUUUCUAUCAAAAACACAACAGACGUUUAUCUAAAACAGAUAAUCAGCUGAAUCAAGGAUCGACCAAAGACACGUUGUUAAAAGUCUCUACCGGAUGCGGUUCCAGUAGUGGGACGCAUGCGCACUCAGAUGGUCGUCUGCAUUGUUUGUGUCGUCACAAAAGCUGCUCCAGUCACCGGACGCGGCAGAGUAUUGAGAGCCAAAUGUUCUGUAAACAAUUUAACAAUGCGUCAUACCAGGAUAUUGAAACACUUAAAAGACUUCACUGUUUCCGGGACGAAUGCCAUCUGAAGUCGUUUGACUCUGUGCCAGAAGUUACGGAGAAAGAUAUGAAUGUUACUUUGAUAUAGUUUAUAAAUAUGUACAAAGAAUAGUGUUAACGAUUUAGUCCACAAUGCUCAAUUAUAUUGAAAUGAUGAAUUGUACUUAUUGUAAUUCCAAAAUGUGAUCAAAGGUGUAAUUUUUUGCCUUAAGAUUGCACUAACCAUUUACAUACAUUGCUUAUUUCAAACUCAUAACCUCUCAGAGAGACGGGUGGGUGAUAUAUACAGCGACGAUAUUCAAUUUGAUGUUGGCAGAGAAAGGUACACGGUUCAGAAUCAUGAAAUACAAGAUUGAUUUAAUUUCAUAUUUUGAAUUUAUAUAUUUAACUAGGAAAUACAAAAUUUAAAAAACUAUAUUAAUACUUCAUGAACAUGAGUUUAUUUAUCUGGCUUGAAAUAUUUAUUCAAAACUCCAUUUUAAACCAAUCGACAUAUAUUCA